AUGCGGAAGGCUAAAGCGGCGGGAUUCAAUGCGACUGUGUCGUUCCCUGCCAUUACCAUCCCGGUCCAUUUCCAUAUCAUUGCGACGAAUAUGACGUACGAAGGAGGAUGGAAUUCGAAAGAAGAUGUUGAAGCCCAGAUGAGGGUUCUGAACGAGGAUUUUAGAGAUGCGAGCGUAUCGUUCGAAGUUACCCAAGUCGAUCGGAUUGUCAACUCGACGUGGUAUUGGGAAGUUGGACUUGGCGACCCGAUAUCCGACGAGAUGAAGCUCAAACUGAAAACGGGCGGUCCAGAGACUCUUAAUGUGUUUACCACUUCGUUGCUGCCGCUUUCCAAUAUGACGAGUGGGUACGCGUCGUUCCCUUGGUUGUAUUCGGAUAUUGGCAGCCCGGUGCUGGGUGGUCCGCAUCGAGAUGGUGUUACGAUGGACCAUAAGGUGUUUUAUGGUGGUGCCUUUGAGGGCGUGAACGAUGGAAGGUACUUGACGCAUGAGGUUGGGCAUUGGGUUGGGUUGUACCAUACUUUCGAGGGAGGAUGUGAUGGACCGGGAGAUUUUGUGGAUGAUACACCCGCCCAGGCUGAGAAGAGCGAUGUGUUUGACUUUGAGUGUGUCCCGCAUGAUUCGUGCCCGCAUUUGCCUGGAGUCGAUUUGAAGAGUAACUUCAUGGAUUAUUCGAAUCCUGUUUGUCAGAAGUCGUUUACGCCUGGUCAGAUUUUGAGGAUGAGGAAUUCAUUGCAGAUGUUCCGUGGGUACUGA